UGUGGGGCGAUGUGUGGGGCGAUGUGUGGGGCAAUGUGUGGGGCGAUGUGUGGGGCGAUGUGGGGCAGAAUGUGGGGCACUGACCUCCAACCCCCCAGGCCAAUCCGCUGGACGCAUUCCGGAGCCGCGUCACCGCCCAGGCCCCCAUUUUCGCUAUGGGGCCGGAGGAACUGCGGGCGCCUCUGGACAUCCCCAUGCCGGACCCCAACCAGCAGGAGAAAGUGCUGGAGCUGCUGACGUCCUGCCACACUCAGCUGGAGACCCUCCAGGGCCGCAUCCCCAAGUGCCGUGCUCCUGGACGCGGUGCAGAAGAACCUGGACAAGCUGCAGAAGCCGCGCGGGGAACCCAAAUCCAUCAUCUUCUGAAAUGCCCCAAAAUCGCCUUUUUUCACCCCAAAAAACGCCGCGGCCACCGGGGGGACCCCCCACCCCUUCUUCCCCAGACACAAAAACGCCCAAUUUUGGGGUUUUUUUUUGCCCCAAAAGAGGGAAAAAACGCGAUUUUCGGGAAGCGGGUUGCCAAAAAUCCUAAGUUUCUGUUUUGACUGAUUUUGACCCAAAAAAAGUGUGAGUUUGGGUUUUCUUCUCAUAUUCCCAUAGACAAAAAUGUGAACUUUCAGAUUUCCCCCAAUUCCCCCAAAUCAGAACUCUGGAAUUUGCCCAAUUUUGACCCAAAAAAGCCCCCAACUUUUGGGUCUUCCCAGUACCAAAAAUCGCAACUUUUGAUUUUGCCCCGUUUUGACCCAAAAAAGGGAAAUUUUGGGUUCUCACAUCCCAUCCCCAUUGACAAAAUUGUGAACUUUCAGAUUUCCCCAUAUUCCCCCAAAUCAGAACUUUGGGAUUUGCCCAGUUUUGACCUGAAAAAAUCCAAAUUUUGGGUCUCCCCAUCGCGUUCCCAUUACCAAAAAUCGUAACUUCCCAUUUUGCCCCAUUUUAACCCCAAAAAAGUGUGAUUUUGGGUUUUCUUCUCAUAUUCCCAUUGUCAAAAAUGUGAACUUUCAGAUUUCCCCAUAUUCCCCCAAAUCAGAACUUUGGGAUUUGCCCAAUUUUGACCCAAAAAAACCCAACUUUUGGGUCUUCCCAUUACCAAAAAUCGCUACUUUUGAUUUUGCCCCAUUUUGACCCAAAAAAAGUGUGAGUUUGGGUUUCCAUCUCAUGUUCCCAUUGACAAAAAUGUGAACUUUCAGAUUUCCCCAUAUUCCCCCAAAUCAGAACUUUGGGUUUUGCCCAAUUUUGACCCCAAAAAACACGAAUUUUGGGUCUCCCCAUCGCGUUCCCAUUACCAAAAAUCGUAACUUCCCAUUUUGCCCCAUUUUGACCCAAAAAA